CCUAACCAUGGGUGUUUUGUACCGUUGAGCUCCUCUUGUUUUGUUGUUACUUUUUUUUAUGUUUCAUCAAGUGGUGUUUGGUGGAGAACACUGUCAAUAUCAUUUUCCUGAUAUACUUUCUUGUUUAUUGUUCAAAUAAAUAAAUAAAUAAAUAACACGGCGUGAUUACUUGACACGCACGCAAAACGGCAUUGUUUUACAAUUGCUCUUUAUAUCGUGCCGAUCUAAAUAAAAAAACGUGUGAAAAAGUGAGGCAAAAGUAUGUUCAUCCAUUCUCGAAAUACGAUUCGUCGUUUAUGGUGAUAAUAUGUCAAAGUCAAAUAUAAGGAAAAUACCAGUUGACCCUACGAAAUGUAACAUUGACUCUCGACGUCCAAGUGUUUUCGAAAGGUUGGGAACCAAGCCUGCGGUCACUGCUGUUGCUCCAAACGCCUCUGAUUAUUGCAGAAAUUGGGCUCUCAACGGCAAUUGUUCAUACGGCAAGAGUUGCAAAUAUGCUAAUACACAUACAUUAAUUAGUCCGUCAAAGAGAGUAAAGAAGGACAAUGCCUCUACAAAUCCUUCGUUGCAUGUUGACGAUUCAUUUAAGAGAAUCACAUCGAAAAUUGUAAAGACAACUCCCCAUAGUCCAGAUUUAAAUAUAGAAGAGUGGAAUCAGACUGAUUUAGAGUACGAAGACGAGAAGGUGUUGGAGAGGCGUAGGCAGCUGCUGCAAAGAGAGUUGGAGCUACAGAUGAAGAAAGACAAAGAAGUACAUGGAAAGGAAAAGACUAAAUAUAAAAAAAAGGCAAUGAGUAGUUCCUCCAGUUCUCAUAGUUCAAGUUCAUCGAGUAGUAGUAGCUCUUCCAGUAGUGAUGAUUCAUCUUCAAGUUCAACAUCAGAUUCAAGAAAAAAAAUUAAAAAGUUCAAGAAGAAGCACAGUGCAUCACCUGACUUUAAUGACGAAAAAGAAAGAAGACGAAAAUUAGAUUUAAAGCACAUAGCAUCGAAAAAUGAAAAGUUGACUUCAAAAAAGAAACAAAGAGUCGACACACCCCCAAAGAAAGAUAUCCCAUCAAAAUCUAACGAGAAAGCAAACAGUAGUAGUCGUACAACCGUAGCUCAUAAACAUGUUUCCACACUUAGAGCCAAGUCACCACUGGCCCUUCAGUCUCACGCCGCCCCGGCCAAGUCGAAAGACCGCACGAGAAGCGCUUCACCCCAGCUCAAAUUACCAAGCAGAGCUGACUUAGACAAAGACAGACACCACAAAAAGCUGCGCGAACACGAGGAGCUCAGUUUGAAGGAGAUGACGCAGAAAAAAUCCACCGACAGGAUCGACCGUAACGAUCGCCUGGAGCGCCAAGACCGUCUCGAUCGCCUGGACAGAUCCGACAGGCUCGACCGCAAGGAGCCGGAAAAAUCAAGACCCCGUCCGCCCGAGCCGGACAAACCCAUCAGUCGGAGUGCCCGUAGCACCGACCGCUCGAAGCCCCGUUCCCGCGACCGGGAUCGACGCUCCCGCUCCCCCGAGCGCUCCAAGCAUCUGCCUUCCAAGGAGCAGCUCUCUAGAGCCAGACGAAGCCGAAGCGCCGAAAAACCGCGAGUCAGACACGAGCCUCUGCCACCGCCACCGAGCGCAUCCUCGAGCCGACACGCGGACAAGGGUCCAAGCGGCUCCAGCAGCUCCGCCCGCUCCAGGGACCACGGCAGGCGCGAACGCGAGCGCAGCAAAGAACGCGAGCAGCCAAACAAGGCCAAGCACCACCACCAGCCGUCAUCAACCUCUACCACGACUAACUCAUCCAGCCAGCUCUUCGGUGCCUCUGGUCAGGGAAACUCGCGCCGGCAGGCCGAUUACGGAAGGCAGCCCAGCAAAGAGCGCAGCCACCGGGACGAGCGUGCCCGAGAUCGGGAACGCGAAGACCGCCGCGAGCGCGAACCGGCUAACAAGCGCGACCGAGCGCGAGAGCGAGACCGCAUCCCGGACAAGCCCGCACGACCCGACUACAAGAGUAGCGGUCCAGAGAGGCCGAAAGAGCGCGGGGUCGAACGUCCCAAGGAGCGUCCCAAAGAACGCGACAGGGAGCGCGAUCGGGACCGUGACCACCUGCCGCUCGACCGCCACCGUCGAUACAAGCCAGCCCCUCCCCCGGUUCCCCCGUCCACGGGGCUGGAGCCUCGCAGAGACAGCCCAAACAGACGGGAGUACGAGCGGGCCUACGCGCGACUCACCGGCUCCAGUGCUUCGACUCACACCGAGUCCCACUCGCGCCACUGGGACGAGUCGGAGGAGCCGCAGCAGCCGGGCGUCGAGCCCUACGGCAGGGAGCCGCCCGAUGAGCGACGUAAGCCUCUCGAGGCUCGGCGCUACGAUAGCCCAUUCUCCGAGCGCAGGGCUCCUGUGCCGGCUGCCGGUGUUGCUGAUGAUCGUGGCCAGCCGAGGUACGCGGAUCGCGGAGCGCCACCACCGGGGUCAGGGCCCUUCGAGCCCGAGCCGCUGCUGCACCAUCCGAUUCGGGCACCACCCAUCAGAGAAGAAGCUGUUGGUGAUAGCUGGGAGGUGCACCACGACCUCGAACGCCCGUACGGAGCUGGUAGCGAGUGGGACGAGAGGGAAUGGCGACCAGGUGGACGAGCUGGGAUGUGGACGGAACGAGAGGCCCUGCCGUCUCGACCUGACACUGCCCACGAGGAUGAGUCCUGGUCCGGCAAAAGAUACGACGGAGCUGUGCCCGACUGGAAGGUCGGCGAACCUGGCAGAAAGUGGGAUAACCAGCACGUAAGAGGCGGCUACAGAAAUGAUCGUAUUAAGGAGAUCGAGCUCACUGACCCAGUGCUCAGUAAGCGCAGACCGUUUAGCACUCCAGAGAGAAGAGAAGAGCUUCCGAGUCACGCAGCUAAACAGGCCUUGCACAAUAGCAUGAAAGACGAGCCUAUAAACAAAAAGCUGAUGGAACUGGCAGAAGGCAGGCCGCGAAGAAGUAGAGAAAAAUCGGCCGACAGUUUUCACAAGAAGCUGUUGGCGAAGGAAAAGCCACCCGAAGUAAAGGAACCACCGCCACCAGUAACGCCCGUAGUAAUAGAAACGAAGCGUCCGUGCCUCGAUGAAACUUUACCCAACUUGCAGCACACUGAGAGCGAUCUCAGUGAUAUUAGCGAUGAUCCUGAUGAUAUUCUCAACAUGGAAGAGGAAGUGACUGAGAACAACAAAGCUAAAUCGAACGAAACAGACCGAGAUUCUGCUUCUGUUAAGAGUCAAGAUGUGACCCAUCCUUCGCCUAAAGCCAUGGAUGAUUCCGUCUUCACAAAAGACAAAGAGACUCCUGAAGCUUACAGCAAUAAAAGCAACAUGGAAGAUGAGAGUAUGGAAAAUAUGGACUUUGAGGAAAUUUCGGAUGGUGAGUUGGAGGAAGACAUAAAAACCAGUUGUAAAGGAUUGGGAGACGCUUUAGGUGUCGAUUGGGAAAGUCUCGUCAAAGAAUCUCAGCCCAGACGACCCAUCGGUGCUGGUCACGAUAACGCACAAGAUCGUUGGCAAUGCAAAGCGGUCUUCCAACGCAUUGGAAUUUCCGUUAAAGCUGCAGGUCAAGAAUUUGUUGAGGGUCUUUUGAAUAAAUACAUUGAUAAUGAAUCGAACAAGAUACUACUCAACAACGUAGCUUUAGUACAUACAGCAUUGACGCGAAAACAAUUUAUGCCUAACUUGACGUACAAAUCCAUAAGCAGGAUAAAAAGUGAGUGCAACAUUGACGAUGUAGAAAAUCUCAAGCCUUGCACGAGUUUAUACGAAGAAGCCAAGAUGCUUCUUCAACAAGCGUAAGGUUUGUGUGUUUUGGAAAUUUUGUUAAUAUUUGACUGUAUAUUUACAAAAAGUGUAAAUGACAAUGCAACGUACCAUGAAUAAAUAAUAAUGAUGAAUCAAAAAACU